AUGGUGGAUGAACUCCCGUUAUGGUUUCCACCCAUGAGUAGCGAUGAGUCAUCCGAUAGUAGCAUUCUUUUUUGUUUUCAAAAUCUCAUCGAAGAAGCCGAACUUCAAGACACGGGCACAUCUAACCGAAGGAGAUAUAUUGAACGUCAACGUGAGGAGGGGCAUAAGACACUCAUGGCGGAUUAUUUUGUCGAAGACCCGAAGUACAACAAAGAUAUUUUUCGACAUUGGUUCCGUAUGUCGAAAUGUUUAUUUCUAAAAAUUGUGGCUGGCGUGGAAGAGAACGACUCAUGGUAUAAGAGGCCCUCGAUGCGUGAGGUAGGAAGGGCUUUACGCCGUUGCAAAAGAGUACCAAGGCCAAUAUAUGCGAGGAGAUCACCGAUAUCCGACUGUUAUGCUCGAAGCGGUUGCAUCUCAAGACUUAUGGUUUUGGCAUGCUUUUGCCGGUCCACCGGGUUCUCAAAACGAUAUCAAUGUGCUACAACAAUCUCCGUUAUUUUUAAGGAACAAAAUGGAACCGCGCCAAAAUGUCCAUUUUACGUUAACAACCAUUUAUACAAACGUUGUUAUUUUCUCGCGGAUGGAAUCUACCCUCCGUGGUCCGUGUUUGUGAAGUCGAUCCCUUACCCUCACGAAGUAGACGAAAAGAAAUUCAAGAGGCAACAUGAUGCGGCAAGAAAAGACGUCGAACGGACUUUUGGUGUUUUGAAGUCGAAAUGGGGUGUAUUGAGUCGACCGAUGCGAGCAACAUCCGUUAGAAACAUUAGGAGUGUUGUGUACACGUGUAUUAUUUUACACAACAUGAUUUUGAAAGAUGACGGAAAGGCGAUAGCACCGGUGCACAUUCGGGAUCCUCUGGUCGAGCCCGCUCUAGACGAUACGGUGUUGGGCGAGUUGAUGGAUGAAAACACACAUUGGAGACUAAAACACGAUCUCAUAAAUCAUCUUGCAAGUCAAGAUUUACCCCACCUCUUGGUCGAUUCCGACGAAGACUAG